UGGCUCUACGGCUGCUUCUUUCCGUUCAUCUCAGUUGGUUUAUGGCAUUGAGUUGGCUCAAGUUGCUUCUGUGCGACUGUGAUUGUGAUGUGUGUGCUAUAAAUCUCGCAUGGUCUCGUUUCUAUCGGGUUGUUAGUUACCAUAUCCACGUGGAACGGCUUUCACGAGGUUCCGGCAGCAAGAAGCAGCAAACUGGACAUUUAUCGGAUUCAAACGGCAUAUUACGUGUAAAAUACGUGCGAGAUCUUAGCACGUAUCGCAUUAAUAGUAAAAACUAAAAAAGGCGACUAAAAGAGAACGUCAUAGAAAAGCGCACUCUCACAGAACUACAAAAAUGUCCGAAAUUGAUGCAAAAGUGAAUAUGUCACUCGGUAAGUGGCCAGAAUUCCAACAAUCUAAUGGUUUUGCCAGUAAUCCCGGGUGAGAGCAUGUACGGCUCGCAGCAUAUUGUCCUCCGACUAAUAAAAUGGCGUCGGCGUACGUAAACGUAGAGUACCUGCAUUUGUUUUUGUUCACGUGUACGUUUUGGACAACGAUACGUUCUCAUCGUUUCCCGUCACUUGGCGAACAAAGAUGAUACGGAAAAAUUACGUUUGUCUUACUAUUCAUCACUGAUGUAACCUCCACCAGAACGGCAGAAUGCGAGAUAUGCUUAACACUUUAAAGAAGAGCAUAUAAAAAAUAGUUCAAGAUCCUUUUGGCCUUUUCGUGCUGUUGGUUUUAUGCAAUUAUUGUCUUUGUCAAUUGUUCCACAAGUAUAGUUGCAUGUUCUUCAGACAAAAAAAAAGAUAAACUAUCUAAAAAUACAAGACAAUGUGGGAAGACAUCAUCCAUUUCAAGCGGUUUUACAACUCCGCAGUUGCCGAUAAUUUCUUUAGUCUUCAAAAAGGAGAUUUGCAAAAUGAAGGAAUUUAAUUGAGAUAUAAGGAAGAUUGAUGCUUUGUCAGAAAAUAUCUUCCUAUAUAGAAGACUGUUAUAAAUAAUUUAUAUUUCUUCUUCCAAUCUUCUAACAAGAAGAAACAAGUCAGUACAUAAGAAAUAGAAUUUAACAGAUUUACAUAUAGAAAAUAGGAUCAAAAUACUGGGAAACAAUUUGUUCACAUCAAGAACUAACAUCAAGACAUCAACUUUUCAAGGAGAGAUCUGUCCAAUGUUCGUCUUAAAUACUUGUAUGUAUUUUAUGAUUGCCGAGAACAUACUGUUCAGAAAGAUUUAACUGAUGCCUUAGAAUAAGCGCAUCUACGAAGCAGCUAUGAAUAAUUUUAUUGUAAAUUGAAUCAAAAUGUCAAAAAAAAGAAGAAUUUAAGAUCUAUAUUCUAAAAAUAUAUCUUCUGCCAGAAAUUGCUUCAUUUCUGAAUAGAUAAUUUGAUAUAUAAUCUUAUGCUACUAUGUUUCUUAAUUAUCAAGAAUUUUGACUAUAUAAAUGGAUACACAAAGUUAUUGUAUGAUUGACUUGUGUAUAUUACACAAUCUCAAUUUUGGCAUCUAUAUAUCAUCAGUUAAAUAUAAUUUGCCAGAUAUUCUUAUAAAUUGUUCAAGGAUUAACAAUUCACCAUUGGAAUAAAGUUCUUUAAUAACAUCUCCAAUUGAAUUUUACUCAACGAUGGAUUUCUUCAUCUCAACUGAAUCAUCAGAGAUCAAUCACAAGUGGAUAAUUUCUUUUAUAUUGCAUCUUCCCAGGAAGUUUAUAAAAUCUCUUCCCCAAAAAGUGCAUUGUCAAGAGAAGUGCUAGAUCGAAUGCUCGUUGUUCACAGAAAAAACUUAAUUCUGGAAAUAAGAGUAAAGGAAUUGUAUAAAUCAACAUCGAUACCAGAAAUGAUACAAUAGUCUUUAUAAAUUAAAUUAAACGAGAUUUCUGUUCGAUAAAAAUAAACAUCGUUCCUGGAGGAUAAUUCUUUAAAUAUGGUGAUUUUCAAUAAAUCUCAUGAGAGAAAAAAAGUGUUGGAGAUAAACUCCGGAUUUUAGAGUGUCUCGAUAAGAGAUCGUGCCAAAUAGUCGCAGCUGUGACUCAUUCCUCACGAAGAUUUCUUGUACGGCGAACACAUGAGCUUGCGUAAUUCUGUAUUUUUAUCUCUUACAUUUAUCGACGACUGUAACUGGCGAGCGGGCAAAAAGCGACACAUACAACGAAUUUGGAACGGAACUCAUGAUGACAACUUCACUUUUCGUCGACCAAACAAGAAAUUUGUGUAGCAAGAGCACAUAAUGAAGAUUGAGAUUAAUUUUAUUUUAUUUAGCAUCUCUAUCGGUAGAACUACAAAUGAAUUAUAGGAUAAAUCCAAACUAAAUACCGAUCUCAUUUCUUGCUGAGAUAUUACUCGAUGAUGUUUGAUCCGCAAUAAAGCUUUGGUGUAAUAUUUACUGGACAAUCUUUUUAAAAAUGCAGGUACUCUGUACGCACCGUUUUUUAAUGAUGAAGAGGCAAAAUGCGGAAUUUGCUGGCACAUACUCCCAAGGAUAGAAUAUACAAGUUGAUUUAUUAUAUUUAAAACAAAGUUUUUGAAAUAUAUAUGUGAUAAAUAUUUAUAUGGGCUCUAUGAAAACAAAUGCAAUAAUAAUAAAAAAAGCUAACAGUCAAACGGAAGGUGGAAGGAGAAGAUGUCACAAGUUCAGCUUAUAAAAAGAUAUCCGUAUAAUAUUAAAAGAACAGUACAAUUCACAAUAAGUGCAAUGUAAAAGUUCUUGUGUGAAGAACAGUACCAUGAAUUUAACGGAGAAUCAUGAACUGCAUCAUCCUUUUCUUCGAUUGCACACCGUUUUCGAGCGAUAAUAAAUCGUCACUCAUAAAGCGAAAAAUGAAGAAUAGGAAUAAAAAUUAAUAUGGACAUCAAAAUUCGACACGAGAAAUUAAAUUGCACCUUACGUAUCUUAAAUGAGAUCAUAAAGAUGGAGAAAAAGGAGAAAAAGAAAAAGAACGCUGCGGCCAAUGGAAAACUCAGUGGCAUCAAGCGUAAUCGCGGUGCUACGCGAGGCCGGGCUGGAUUCAGAGGAAGAGGCGCUAGAAUCAAACGUAAUGUUGGAACUGCUAUAAAAAAACAGCAACAGCAAACUUGGCAACGCAAUGUGAAUAAUACAAAUAAUGCUCGCCCCGGUUUCGUCAAGAACCGCUUUAAAAAGAACGACAAUCUCACGAAAUCGCGCAGCAAUCUGAAUUUAAAUCAAAAGAAAAACACAAGAAGUGCAUUUAACGUGCGCCGUGGCCGAACCAAUAGAUUCGGUUUGACUCGCAACAGAAGCCGAACGAACUUGACCUUCAACCAAGGUGGUUUCUUUACGAACAACAAGAGCCCGUUACAAAAGGCGAACAGCCUACCCAAUCUGCGAGAUCCGAAUUCUGUUCACAACCGUCUGGGCUAUCAGAGUCCUGCCCAAAUCGCCUACCGAAACCGUGUAAAACGAGCUAAACAACUGUUGCUACAGCGACAAAAUCAAAGAUUGAAUUUGCAAAAUCAAUUCAGAAUGCCCGGACAGAAAAAUCUACUCUUGACGCAACCGCGAACUCUUGGGAGACAGCAGAUAUUAACGUCACAACGUCGUUUUACAACUGGUGGACUGCGCUCCGAUCAAAUUGCACGUGCACAAAAGCGAGCACAAUACGAGCAAAAAAUGAUGAGGAUAAACGCCUCUCGAUUGACACCCAGCUCGAAUGUCAACUUCAUGUGUACACUAGGAAACGAAUAUAUUCCUAACUCCAUACGUCAACGACCGCUCACUCUGCCGCAGACUCGACACCCAUCGGCUAUUGGUGGCCCACGACCAUUGAUUAGAGGACGAUCACCAUAUAAACAGAGCACUCAGGGUUUAAAUAUGAUUGGUCGAGCACCGUUGUUCAACCGACGUUCAAGAUCGAGAUCGCGAUCACGUUCGCGCACACGCAACAUAGUUUCGUCUGAUUCCAGUGGCGAGGUCGACGAUCGUAGUUUUAGCGAAGUUAUGUACAGCCUGUCGGGAAAUCUCGGCGUCACAGGGCGAACUCUUAACGAUCGAUUUAGCUUUUAAAUGAUAGCGUUACAAGCUUCAUACACUGCUAAUCGGAUAGGAGUCGCGUCUUGAUUUCUAUUGUCAAAACUAUUGAUUUUAUGACAGUUUCCAGACAAUUUAAUUCAUUCGAUCGCUCAGUUUACUUUCAGCUUAAGACGCUUGGGUCACUUGUUGCAGCCCUAUUAUUAAUUAUGACGUCAAAGAAUUGAUUGAGACUACAGGAGUCUUGAUUUUUUAAUCUCUUGUCGUUUUUUUGUUUGUUAAGCAACUGAAAAAUUUGUUAUGGAUUAUUUCGAGAAAAUAAAUCUGAUUCCUCAAAUUUAAUUGUCCCAAAUCAACGACUCUUAUCCGGAAAGUACUGUAUUACACAGAUUUAUUGAUCAUACAUAUAUUGAUUAAUUCUUUAAGAAACAAAAAGUAACUUUUGUUUUAACAAUGUAGAAAAAAACGCAUAAAUAAAUUGUUUUUCUUUUCAUUGAUGUAUAUAGACACUAUACAUUAAUACACACCGCAUAUUAAUAUAAUUUUGUUUACUUAACAAUGUCAAAUUGCAAUUUAUUUUUGAAGAGUAACGCUUUCUCUUAAUAUUUUCACUACGUCAAUGUACGUACGUGUACCGUUUAUUUUUAAUAUUAAGAGAGAUAAUAUCGUACUUACACAUGAAUUCUCAAGAUGAUUUGAAUAAUAUAAGAUUUGUGUAUAGUUUUUACCUGUUACUAGUAAAACAAUUUAUUUUUGUGCAAUAAAAAAACAAAUGUAAAAAUCUUUUGGUAUUAUUGCAUUACACAAAGUAUAGAAAGAAUUAAUUGAUGGAUAUUACAAAUGAGUAUCGAUUAUAAAAUGUAGAGAUACAAUUCUUAUAGUAUGACGUUUCUUUUUAGACAUCUAUUUUUAUUAUGUGAAUUUAUCUUAAUUUUUUUUUAUUAGGAACUACUGUACAUCUUUCAAAUUUUCUGAAUUAACAAUUCAGUACGACUUGCACAAUUGAUUUCUUUAUGAAAAAAUUUUGAAAAUAAACUUUUUAAAGUAUAAAAAUUUAUAAAAAUUUUUAAAAUAUAAAACUA